AUGGACCUGCCCCCGCAGCUCUGCUUCGCCCUCUAUGUGGCAGCCUUUGCGCUGGGCUUUCCGCUCAACGCCCUGGCCAUCCGGGGGGCUGUGACCCAUGCCCGGCUCCGCCUCACCCCCAGCCUGGUCUACGCCCUCCACCUGGGCUGCUCCGACCUGCUGCUGGCAACUUCUCUGCCCUUGAAGGCGGUGGAGGCCCUGGCCGAGGGAUCCUGGCCCCUGCCGGCCGAGCUCUGCCCGGCCUUUGCCCUGGUCCACUUCGCCCCACUCUACGCGGGCGGGGGCUUCCUGGCUGCCCUGAGCGCCGGCCGCUACCUGGGCGCUGCCUUCCCUUUGGGCUACCAAGCCAUCCGGAGGCCCUGCUAUUCCUGGGGUAUAUGUGUGGCCAUUUGGGCCUUUGUUCUCUGUCACCUGGGGCUGGUCUUUGGGCUGAGGGUUCCGGGAGGCCAGGAGGACAAUACCACCAACUCCCUGGGCAUCAACACAGCUGUCAACGGCUCUCUGGUGUGCCUGGAGGCCUGGGACCCAGCCUCAGCCGGCCCUGCCCGCCUCGGCCUCUCCCUCCUGCUCUACUUUUUGCCCCUGGCUGUCACGGCCUUCUGCUACGUGGGCUGCCUCAGGGCGCUGGCCGCCUCGGGCCUGAGCCACAGACGGAAGCUCAGGGCGGCCUGGGUGGCCGGGGGCGCUCUGCUCACGCAGCUGCUCUGCUUAGGGCCCUACCACGCCUCCAAUGUGGCUGGCUUUCUGCACCCCAACAUGGGAAGCUGCUGGCGGAAGCUGGGGCUCAUCACCGGUGCCUGGAGCGUGGUGCUCAACCCCUUGGUGACCGGCUACUUGGGCGGGGGCACCAGUCAGGGGACAGUGUGUGUGGCAAGAACAAAAGGGGGGACAUCCCAGAAGUAG